GGGUAUGCAGGCAGGAAGCAAUACUAUCUUUGGGGGUCUUAUUUUAAACAUCCGAACGACGCCUUGCGAAAAGGACUCUUUAAGACCCGGAACCACUCCGUAAAUAAAUAAAAUGGCUACCAUAUAUCCAGCGGUGAGUGACCCAUCGGUAUUGCAUCGACGUGAUUGUAAAGAAUUGGAAAACACACGGAGAGGACGCCACUCGCAGUAUGCGGCGAAACACACUCCGGGACGCUCAGGGCAGGAUCUCCGCACGAACCCACCUGUGUCGGGCCCGCAGCCGGGCCCGGAGCCGCCCCCGGUGGACGACUGCGAGAGACUGGGGACUCUAUUUGGCGAACUGAACAAGUGCCUUCGGAAUAUCGGCUUCACGCAGAUGUACUUCGGGGAGAAGAUCGUGGAGCCAGUGGUCGUUGUGUUUUUCUGGGUGAUGCUGUGGUUUCUGGGGAUUCAGGCCCUGGGCCUGGUGGGCGCGCUCUGCGUCGUUAUUAUCUACAUCCAGAAAUGACGCCAUGGAGCGAAACGAAGAAUGAGAACCGGGGACAAAGGAAAGAGGCACGUCGGUGUCUCGCACCGUGAUUCGAUAUCUGAGAUAGAGCUUUUUUCAUUUUUUACGGUUUUGACCUUGGAACGCUUCAGGGAGUUGAACUAUCAGGUAGUGCGAAGUGCCAUGCAGAAUGUUCUUUAUAAUGAAGAAAUAACUAAAUAUA